CCCGCUGUUGCCUUCUAGCUUGUGCUUGAGUGAUCAAGUGUUUUGUGAAGUGAAGGGCUUGUCAUGAGCCAUUUUGUGAUUCUUCAUGUUUUCGAUGUCAGACUGCAGCCAACAGAAAUGGAGACCCUGGAUCUGCUGAGGAACUGUUUGGUGUGCAAGUGGGACCUGAGGAGGAGAGACCCCAGAAUGCUACCUUGCCUUCAUUCCUUCUGUAAGGACUGUCUUCCGGAUUUGAUUCAAGGAUACAGCUAUAUUCCCACUCAGUAUGAAGUUCUGUAUGAAGGUAUCCUUUCCUGUCCUGUGUGCAAACAGACCUGCUUUGCAAGGGAUGUAGUUGAGAAUUUCUUCCUCAAGGACUUUCCGACUGGUGAUUCAGCCAUGGCAAAGAGCUGCUCCAUGUGUAAAGAGAAGAGACCUGCUCACAGUCUCUGUACCAGAUGCAAUAAGUGGCUGUGCAGCUCGUGUACAGAGGAGCACAGACAUGGCAAGGAAACUGGAGAUCGCUUCCUGUCUGUAUCCCUGAAAGGCUGCACAGCAACUGAAGAUGAAGCAAGCGAGUUUUCCUUAUUUUGUCCAGUGCACACUCAAGAGCCACUCAGGCUGUUUUGUGAGACCUGCGACACCCUGACCUGCCGCAGCUGCCUUCUGGCAGAGCAUAAGGAACACAGGUUCAGACAUCUUGAGGAAGCUCUGCAAAACCAGAGAGUUAUUCUGGAAAAUGUUGUAACCAAAGUGGAAGAGAAAAAAAGUGGGAUUCAGGUUUCAGCUAAACAGAUUGAAGACAGGUUGCUUGAAGUAAAACAUUUGUACAAAAAAGUAGAAAACCAAAUAAAAAUGGCCAAGAUGGUUCUGAUGAAUGAAAUCGAUAAACGAACAAACAUCCUUCUUGAACAACUUGAAAAGAUCACCAGUGAAAGGAAGCAGAAAUUGGAGCAACAACUGCAAGGCGUUGUGGUUUUAGGCAGACAGGUAGAACAUGUUCAGAACUUCAUCAGCUGGGCUGUGUGCAGUAAAAGCAGCAUCCCAUUUCUCUUCAGUAAAGAACUGAUUGUAUUUCAGAUCCAGCGUUUAUUAGAGACAAACUGUAACACAGACAUAGGCCCUCCUCUGAAGAUCAGAUUCACCUGGGAUCCCUCCUACUGGACUAAACAACUAUCCAAUAUGGGAGGUUUCACAAUGGAAGGUGGACACAUUUCUCACUCAGAUAUGCUACUCUGUGGAAAUGUUCAAGGGUUACAAACCUCUUUGUACCAUGGGCACCAUUCAUCAGCACCACAGCUGGAGCCUGUGAAUAGCCAGGCACAUCCAUUUCCACCCGCAGUUCAGUGUUCUGCACCUGUGUGUUGCUCACACUGCCUCAGCAUUCCACACCCAGACAAAGCUCAGCCUUCUUACCAGGACAUAAACCACCAUAAAAAUUUUCGACAACCUCCCGAAAUGCAUCAGCAGCACUUCCCUCUGCAGUACAGCCUGCAGCAGCAACUGGACAAAGAGCAAAGGGGUGCCCCCCAGCCCGUGAAGCUGACGCAGUCAGGGCUGGAACAGCAGUCGCGGUCCGAGCCGGAGAAUGCAUCUGGGAGGAUGGGGAAGCACUUACCACCCCAGCAGCUGCAGCAAACUGCACCCCUGGGUUAUGCUGUUGCGUCCCAUGAGGCUCAGCAAGUUCACCCGAGCCACCCACAGCCGUUCCGCACACAGGCUUCUCUGCAGGCAUCGGCUGGGCAAGCGCAACUCGGUCACCUCCAGAAGAUAAAAUCCAACCACUCGCUGCAGCCGCCCCCACAGCAGCAGCAGCUGUCUCUGCCAUCACCACCAUCGGGUCAGAGUGAGAGCACCCACAAGCAAGUCAUCCAACAGAGCCUGGACAUCAUGCACCACCAGUUUGAACUGGAAGAGAUGAAAAAGGAUCUGGAACUUCUUCUUCAGGCCCAGGGACAGUCCAGCUUGCAGCUGAACCAAGCCAAGCCACCUCAGCACGUUCAACAGACCAUAGUUGGUCAAAUCAACUACAUAGUAAGGCAGCCAGCCCCAGUGCAGCAACAAAGCCAGGAUGAAGCACAUGUCUCUGAGAGCUCCACAGAACCUGAUGCCCAGAAGCCUGCCAUUUCUCUUGACAAAAGUGAUAGUCCCUUCCUGUCACAGUCACUAGAUGAAGAAGCCAGUGUCAGCAGUCACUCCCCUGCAAGGACACUCCAGCAAUCAGCUUUCCAUCCAGUCAGAAAGCAUUCAGCAUCCUUAAGCUUCGUGGGCUUUUCAAACGGUUUGGAAAUGGAAUUACCUCCAACAAGGCUUUCCAGCUCGGCUGAUCCACAGGUGAAAGGUGCAGCUGCUGUAACACUUGGCCCGUCCCCAAAUGCCCUUUGUGACUGUGAUGCUCCACCAGAACCAGUGCCCAGCUACAGCCUGGCAUUGGGCAGGGCUCCAAGUGACCUGAGCCCUGGGAAUCCUGCUGGCUUCACACCAGGUGAUGCACUACAGGGCAGCACCAAAUGCAAGCUGGAAAAUGAAGACUUCAAUACUGUAGACUGUCUUCUAGAAAACAGCUUGGCUACUGCUGGGCAAGAUGUAGUUAAUGAAUUAACUCUUUCUAUGCAAAAAGUGAUGGAAGAACCUAUUAAUCUUUCAAUCAAAAAAUCUCAACAUUGCACUUCUCCUUCUGAACUGCUCAGCAACAGUGUUUUCCUGCCUGUGAAUGCCAGAAUGAGACAACUUAGAAGCGAAGAAGAUUCCAAUGACUGUGAAAAGGAACAUUUUGAAAUGGAUAUGAAAAGCAAUCAGAAUGUCAGAGCUGGCCCGAAGGAGCAGAAGAUUCCCUUUGUGCGACUGGAACGUCUGAAAAUAUGCGCAUCAGAAGUGGGGGAGCUGCCGGUGUUUAAGCUCCAGCCACAGGACAAUGAGCAGGAGGGCAAUUUCCUCCUCGUAAUUGAAUGUGGGACACGGUCUUCAAGUAUGUCUAUAAAGAUAAAUAAAGAUAGUCCACCUGAAGGACUGCAGUCCAAAGAGGAAAACUCAGAGGACAGGAAAUUUCUCAUAUCCCAGGCUGCAGGACAGACACCAUCUCCCCCUGUAGAUGCUCUGUCUGUUGAUCAGAAGCUCAGCAAUGGCAUCUCCAGCAUGAAAAAAUCUCCAGUUACUCAGGAAGUCAGCCCAAUUGAAAAUGAGGAUUUCUGUGCUGUGUGUCUUAAUGGAGGAGAACUGUUGUGCUGCGAUCACUGCCCCAAGGUCUUCCAUCUCUCCUGCCAUGUUCCAGCCCUGCUCAGCUUUCCAGUGGGAGAAUGGGUGUGCACCCUUUGCCGUAAUCCAGUGAAGCCUGAGGUAGAAUAUGACUGUGAAAACACACGCUACAGCCACAGCUAUAAUGUACAAUAUGGCCUUGAUGACUGUGACCAGAAGAAGUGUGAAAAGCUGGUGCUUUCCCUGUUCUGCAGUAAUAUGAGCCUCCCGUUCCAUGAACCUGUCAGUCCCCUGGCUCGGCAUUAUUAUCAGAUCAUCAAAAGGCCAAUGGAUUUGUCAACCAUACGAAAAAAGCUGCAGAAGAAGGACAAAUCCCACUAUGCUGCACCUGAGGAGCUUGUGACUGACGUGCGUCUCAUGUUUUGGAACUGUGCGAAGUUCAAUUAUCCGGAUUCAGAGGUUGCUGAGGCUGGACGAUGCCUGGAUGAAUUCUUUGAGGACAAACUGAAGGAGAUUUAUCCAGACAGGCAUUUUCCUUCCAUGCAACAAGAUGACUCUGAUUCUGAAGAAGUGGAGAGUCAGAACAGCAAAAUGCCACCCCAGGAUUUUCAGUGGCCGUCGUACGGACAGGAGUGCCUUCAGCCCAAAAGGAAACGGCGCCAUGCUGAAAGUGAAAAAACUAAAAGAAUGAUGUUUCAGCCAGCUAACAGCCUUCCUCAGGUAUGACCUCCUCAAGAGAUGAGAUUUGCUAUGAGGAAUCCAGAAGCAUAACUGACAGAGUUAAGGUGUGUGGGAGGAAAGCAAAGCACUCGGGCUGUUUAUUUAAACUCUCCUAUUCUGCUGACCAUAUGCCUUAUUUCUAGAUCUUGUGGAUAGAUAACAGAUCCAAAAUGUUUGAAUCUGUCAAUAUUCAAUCUGUUAAAUCACGUAUAUGUUUUGCAGUGUUUACA